AUGAAUAACAGUUCGGUGCCAAGCAACACAACUUUAUCCCAACAGGUCGACAAAAGGGUCGUUACGUGGUGUGUGACAUAUGCGAUCGUUGCAAUAACAGUCAUUUUGAACAACGGAGCUGCGAUAGCGGCCUUUAGACACUCGCGCCUUCUACGAAAAUUUGGAAACUACUUUCUGGUGAAUCUGGCCGUUGCAGAUCUAAUGGUGGGAACCAUCGCUUUACCGAUGUACAUUCAUUUAAUUUACAACUAUAACAAGCCUUCGCUUCAACCAGUGCAGACAAUGCAUACAGCUGUUGAUGUUUUCUCUGGCAUGGCCUCAGCUUUCACAUUAACUGCCAUCUCUCUUGAGAGGGUAUACGCAAUUUAUUACCCUUUACGACAUUGCAGCACAUCAAAGACAGCCUACUUUGUCAUCUUAGGGGCGGUAUGGCUCCUAGCCGGGGCCCUUUCAGGAGCGUGGAUACUUACGUUUUUCAAAAUCAUCCAUCCAGGAAUCUUUGCGUUUAGCCUUGGUCUGCUAUCGAUUACCUCUUUAAUGCUUAUGUUGGCAGCUUACAUCGGUUUAUGGCUAAAAAUUAAACUUUGGAGUAAACACCAACAGGGAAUUUCUGGUGAAAGAGAGCGCAGUUUAGCAGUAGCCAUCGGAAUAGUAACUGUGGUUUUCUUGCUGACAUGGACACCAUUUCACAUCAUGAAUGUCUUGAUAAACUAUAAGUCGUCUUUGUUUGAUGGAUUUCCUUAUCUAGUCGUUUACUUCGCGAAACUUUUGCAUUACAGCAAUUCUUUCGUCAACCCCAUUAUAUAUUGCUUUAAAAUUUACGAAUUUCGUCGAGCUCUGAAAAACUUGCUUACAAGACGCAAAAAACGCAGAGAGACAAAAGUGUAACAACUGUUGCCGUUUAACUGAACCUUUUGCGGUGACUAAAACUAAUCGAAUCGCGUAGAAAGCUUAUAUUUAACAUCGUACAACUCUACAAGUCACAGUACGAUGAAGAAAGCAGAGAUGGGAGUUUGCAACGUUCAACUGUUCAACUAGUACUGGGGCCGAGACUAAUUUUCCUUUGCCAGACUUUCAAGGAUGGUGGCGGUACGCAAACCGCGGUAUGCGUGUUUUAAAUACUGUACGAAAUGAACUGUACCUUUUACCGUAACUAGAUAUCUCAAAAAAAGACUCCCAUGACUCCAACUUUAUAUGUCUAUCUAUCUGAUAUCAUUCUCUCUUGCUAUCUGCCAUUAAUUUGGCUCUCCAAAAAUUGAUGAUUCUUGCAAAUGAAUACGCGUGGAGGUGGACAAAUAAGAGGACGAGAUAGUUUAAUUUUCGCGGAAAGCUUCCGCACUGUACUUUAUUCAUAAAAAAAGUUAGCACUAUUAGUUUGUAUUGAGGGGGGUCAAGGCCAAGUCCCGAUUGUAAAAUGAUAAAUAUUGUAGCAUUUAAAAACUUCUUUCCGUCACUACGACAUUCUCGCUAAAUGACGACGGCUAUCAUGUUUUCCCGCCAAAAUGACGCUAGCUCCCGCGCGCGCACUACUUACUACUAAGAAAAUGUCGUUCUCUUAGUCGUCCUCAUCUCAGAAUCUAAAGUUUUUUAGUUACUGGGGGACCAAGCGGUCUUCUGGGCUCAAAACGGUCACAUGAUACAAAAAGCACCUUGCUGGAGGGCAAAUAACGUAGUCAGCCCUUAAAAAGAAUGGAUAAACGAUGCGAAUUCUUCUUUUUUUUCUUGCCCCACUGCGUCGUUAUCCAUCUUCAAGGUGUUUUUGUCCCAUGGGACGGUUGUUAUAGACAGAAAGCCAAUAUUUUUACCUAUAAUGGUAUCUUUUAGGGAUGUGCAAAAAGUAAUUUCUAUCUGUAAAAAAAGAUAUACAAACAAACAAACAAAAAGACAAAACAAUGCCGCCUCACUAGGUUGGUAGCUACGCCCAGCAGCUUGGACUUAGGAGUUUGAAGGUUCACUUAUUUUUAGAUAUAAGCGUAUAUGAUGGACAACGCGUUGAUGCGCUGAUCAUUCAAAUCAACGGAGGCACUGUAAUCCUAUUACUCUGUCUAUUGCUUCAGUCACGGAUAUAGCCACAUGCGCUGAAUGCACCUAAUUAUUGAUUCCUCAGUCUGGACUUGUUUUGGUUUGUUCGAAUACUUUACUUUUAAAAAAGUCUAAAAGUGGCUAUAUAUUUCCAUAUAAAGCAAACAAAAAGAUAGCAUGAGACAAAGGCUUUCCGUUUCUUAAUUAAUUUCUGUUAAAACUAAUCACGUUGAAAGCAUAUUGUUAAUGAAAUUUACACACUAACAUCUCUUAUUUACACCAUUUCUACUUAAACUGCGCCAAAAACAAAUGAUCGAAAUAUGUGUCAAGACCCUAACUUGACAAGUUCGUAGUGGUCACAAAUAAUAAUUCCCAUAUCCGUUAAACCGUCGGUAAUCCGAUCCGUUAGUUAAAGUGCACCAGUGCAAAGAAUCACUCUCUCAUGAAGUACACUAAAUUGUAGACCAAUAAACCUCGCGAUUGCUUGCCAGCAUGGUAAAAUGCAAAGUUCUGAUUUUUCACGUACCCUAUAAUUUAAGGCCAAACACCGCAUCCCGCUGAUAAUUACUUAUUGACGAGUUAUCAUUUCGGCGUCACAAUUAAAAUGUUAUAGUCAAAAACAAUUAAACUGACCACACAAUAAGAUCAAUAAGUCAACAAUACUUCGGUGCAUGUUACUCCACAGAAAUCAAUCGAAGCGGUCCUAAACAAAUCUGAUAUUGAACUAAAUUUACCUUAAGGAUCUGCGUAGACCUACCACCCAGUUCCCUUCUUCUCUGCUAGACUGUAGCAUUUCGGACUGAGCAGGGUUUCCUGGUAUCUUGGCUAAUCUUUGAAAGCCACUUCAAAAGGUGCAAUUAUACAAUCGUACCUAUACUUGGCAUCAAUACAUAAAAGAAAUUUUUAAAGUAUCACAAGUAAUAACUUCCAGCAUCUUAUCGUGCACGUGCUGGGCAGUGAGGCGAAUGCCGGCAACGCAACUUGUACAUAUGACUCAGGCACUUGAGGAGAUCUUGCCAUGACGUCAGUUCCGAAGACACCACGACAGCCGAAGCUGGUGAACAAACUUAACGCAGGUAUUCUGAUUGUAAAUAAAGACGUACAGCUUGUUCAGGUGUUUCUAUUGUAACUAUGAAUGUUUAGUCUCAUAUCUGUCUUCCAGGAGUUCAGACUUUAUCACUACAGUCGAACCUCGCUAUUUCGAACUCGGUUAAUUCGAAGUCCCCGCUAUUUCGAAGGAAGAUCGAAUGCCCUUGGAUUUACUCUUCCCCUUUACGCUUCCCCGGUUAUUUCGAAGCCCCGCUAUUUCGAACUUUUUUUCAUUUCCCUUGGGACUUCGAAAUAGCAGGGUUCGACUGUACUUGCCUCAUGCUUUACAGCUUUCAAUAUCUUAAUAUACUCAUUGUUUUUGAAUUACAGAUUCCAUGUAUGACUUUUAACAGUCGUUCUUACAUUACAAUUUCCACGAUAUUUGUAACUACAUUUACUGGUAUUGAAUGAACCAAACCAGACUCCUGGCACAGCCCUGCUGCGCUAAACUUUUUUGUCCUGAGUCACGUAAAGAAUACUAUAUAAUUAUUAUAACGUUGCCGAGCAAAUGGACAUAAAUUGAAACAGUUAUCUUAUACUUGUCCUUAAAUUAUUGUCAUAUUUUCUCUUAUUUAUUCCAGCCUGUUCGUGCAUACAGCAUUACUAGCAAUGAACAAUUCAACGUUAGAAACACUUCACCCUUCAAAUCACUCUGGAGUUGAGGCAUGGUGCGUAACAUUUGGCUUCGUGGCGGCUGUAACAGUUGUGGGCAACGCCUUGACCGUUGCAGUGUUCCUAAAAGAGAAACUUCCUCGAAAAUACGGUGGUUAUUUCCUGAUAAAUCUUGCAGUAGCAGACUUAAUGGUAGGAGCCUUAGCUUUACCCAUGUAUAUAUACAUUGUGUUGGCCUUUGCUUACUCGCCGUAUAAAAGUAAUCUUCCGACAUUCCAUCAUAUUUACACAGUGGUAGACGUCUUUACUGGGUUAGCAUCAGUCUUUACGUUGGCGUCGAUCGCGCUCGAAAGACUUUACGGUAUUCUUUAUCCUUUACAGUACCGAUGGAGGGCCACAAAACGAGUUUAUUUUAUGGCCAUUGUCACAGUGUGGGCUUUGUCUGGCACAACGUCUUUGGCGUACAUUUUGAGUACACCUACCUUAGUAUUCUUGCUACCCGAGAGAACGUUUACUUUCUUCCUCACUGGGGUGUCCAUGAUUUCACUUCUGGUCAUCUGCGCUGCUUAUUUGGCUGUUUCUUUACGUAUCCACCUGUGGAAUAAAAGCAAGAUGGAAAUAUCCUCCUCUAAACAAGAAACUAGACUGGCUGCUGCAUUGUUUAUUGUCACUGUCAUAUUUGUGCUUACAUGGAGCCCAUUUCAUAUCAUGAACAUACUUGCUAACUUUACUAAGUCAUUCCUAAACAACGUGCCAGUGGACAUCAUUUUCUUUGGAAAAAUGCUUCAUUAUAGUAAUUCCCUCGCUAAUCCUGCUAUUUACUCUCUUAAAAUACCAGAAUUCCGAAUAGCUGUAAGAAGAUUGUUUUGCAAAAAUUGGGUGCGCGAGACGAGGGUAUAA